AUGAGUGCGGCCUCCACACCUGUGUCCCGAGUGAGUCGUGGAUGGACGUCAAACUCUAUGAAAAACAAGGGUAUGUCUCCGGCAGCCGCCAGUACCCCGCUGCUCACUGCAUUUCCCGGAAACGAUGAUGAGAAAGAAAGACGCCAGAGGAGGCGGUCGAGAGUAAUUGACCUUCAAACUGCCCCAGAGACCUCCUUCAAUGAAUCUGGUGUUCACAGUGCUGCUGGGACUCCUGCGGCUGUGCCUAAGUUGUCCAACGCUCAGAUCUCCGAGCACUACUCCACCUGCAUCAAACUCUCCACUGAGAAUAAAAUCACCACCAAAAAUGCCUUUGGGCUGCAUCUGAUUGAUUACAUGGCUGAUAUCCUCAAGCACAAAGACUCUGAGCUCACCAAUUUUAAGGUCGCUGCUGGCACUCUGGACGCCAGCACAAAGAUCUAUGCGGUCCGAGUGGAUGCGGUUCAUGCUGACGCCUACCGAGUGCUGGGCGGUCUGGGGGCGGAGACCAAACCUGGAGAGGGGAAAGCGGAGGACGGCGAUGACGCAGGGUCUGAUGUCGAGCCGUCUGCAAAACAAGUGAAAAAGAGGAGACCUCCGAAAAAGACAGUGGAACAGAAUUUAAGCAACAUCAAUGCCCCAGAGUCAGAGAGGAAAUGUGAGGUGGACCCUAUGUUCCACAAGAUGGCCUCGUCCUUCGAUGAGAGCAGUACAGCCGGCGUGUUCCUGUCGGUGUUGUUUAGUGAGAGCAGCCGCUGUGAGCUGCUGUUUCCUUCACACAUGACUCUGCUCCAGUCCAAACGCUGCUGCUCCCCUGUGCCGCCUCAGUCUGUGGCCGCCUCACCUUUCAUGGCCGGGCUCCAGCAAUCACAAGAGAAAAGUGCCAUUUGUCCCUCACUCCAGGAUUUCUCUUUCACAAGCUGGAACCCAGAGCAGACCAUGAACCAGAUGCUGGAGAAGAUUAAACAGGGGGAGCAUGUUUUUGAUGUGAAUGCGGAGCCAGAGCCCGAGCCCGAGGAAGACGACUUUGAUGCAGACUACGAGGAAGGACAAGGCGACUACGACGAUGGGCCAAAGGAGUACAAGGACGGCUGCGAGGCCUCGGGCUCCGGGAAGGGGAGAGACGUUAUUCCGAUCGGAGAAGGAGACAUCGCCACCAUGUGUCUGCAGCUGUCGUCUCAGCCCAGAGACUACUCCUACUUCAGCCCCAGGACCAUGGCCACGUGGGCGGGACCCGGGUACUGGCAGUUCAAACCCAAGCACAAAUUGGAUCACAUGCCCGAUAAAGAGAAGCCCAAAAGGAAACCGAAGAAAGCGUUUGAGAUCGAUUUCAGCGACGACGUGAACUUUGACACAUAUUUCCGCACAACAAGGGCUGCCACCACAAUCGCUAAAUCCACACUUACCACAUGCACAAAGAAAACUACUUUACCAGCAGACUUCCAGUUCCCCCCAGAGACGCUGUCCCAGCUCAGCCUCAAGCCCUCCAGCUCUCUACACCAAGAGGCGCAGAAAAGGUUAUCUGGUGAACUUGGGGAAGGUAUCGGGGAUUAUGACUAUAACAACGCAAACGACACGGUCAACUUCUGCCCUGGUCUUCAGGGCGGAGACAGUGACGACGACGCAGAAGGCUUCGCUGGUUCAGACGACACGCAGCCCUCAAUGGACAGUCUUCCUCCUUCUCAGGACUUGGCCAAUGUCUCCACAUACGGAGAAGACGAGCUGGUCCCCGAACCCUUCAGAGUGAACAAAAUCGAAAUAAAUUAUGCAAAAAUGGCGAAGAAGAUGGACAUGAAGAGACUAAAGAACAGCAUGUGGACCCUUCUGACGGAUAGCCCAGAGAAGUCUAAGGAGCAGGAGGUGGAGCCCGCGGAGAAUCCAGAGGUGUGCGGAGAGAAGGCGUUCAGCCAAACCACCAAGUCUCUGCUUCAGAGUUUACCGAACACCAUGGCCCAGAACCUGUCAGUGCCUCUGGCGUUUGUGGCUCUGCUUCAUCUCGCAAACGAAAAGAACCUGGAGCUGGUGAAGGUGGACGACAUGUCAGACAUAAUCAUCAAACAAGGCAGUUGA